UAUUGUUAUGAGUAUGGCGGCGGAAUCUAACGGACGACGGCAAGUUGUUAGAAAUGUUCAGUUCAACUGAAGAAAGCUUUAAUUUAAAAACUUUUUUUUUUGUGGUCGACAGUGUUUCGAGUGACAUUUCUAACAUCGACGCAACACAGUUUUAAUUUUCUUUCUUGGGACUGUUCAGAAGAUUACUGGACAGGUGAUGCUGCAGUCAAACCUGUCUCCGUUUCCCGAGUCUGCUCUGUCAGUCACCGAACUACCUAGUCUUUCCUAUCUAACUCUUUCCGACUCGGCUAACGUGAACUUUUGCAAUGAGACCAGUUUAUUGUCUACUUGUUUUUUUGAGUUACUUGUCAAAAAUAACACAAGUUUACCUGAGGUAACACCAUUACACCCGUUCCAGAGCUAGUUGAUCACGACUUUUCACCCGAAGAGGCCCGACUCCUAUUCCAGCUAAAUGUCAAGUUCUCAGCGCAUUAGCUUAACUAGCCAUAUAGCUAAUUACUCUUUAUAACAGUGUUAUUGCUCAAGGCCUGUCCAGCUCUACAAUAGUCGUUUUAAGGCGUGUGUCUUUGAACCUGUUUGGAACAUUAUGCUUCACGAUUAGAAGGAUUUGUUGCUGGGACCCUGAAAGUAAAUAUUAGCCUGCUAGCCUUCCUAAAUCGGGAGUGGCUAGAAGUUGCAUUAGCUAGUUAAACAUUUAGCUAGCAAACAACCUCAGAUACUCACUCUUUAGCACCCGUCCAUAGUGAGUAUGAUAAACAACUUCAUGUUAAUUCAGCCUCUAUGGGGGGAAAAAAACACUUAUUGAUGACAUAUUAAACCACGGUCAAAUUGUCAGCGGGUGCGUUUCAAUGGCCAGCCGUAUCAUCAGCAGGCACAGGGAUAGGAAACCGUGCAAUGGUCAGAUUGUGUAAUAUAGCUAUAUCUGGAUUUAUCCGAUGGGCUAAAGAUUAGCUGCCUGCCGCUAACUUGCGCGGCAUAAUAACGCUUCUCUCGCUAUACAUUUUGAUGGACGUGGGAAAAUAUUUUCUAGAUUGCUACUGUUGCUAUCGUCAAAUGGUUUUGUCUGUACUGUAUUGUGGCCUGUACGUAAUCGUAUUUAGUCAUUCACUGGACGUAAUGUAGCUCUGUAGAAAGAUACCAUAAAUACAUAUUUAUUUUGUAUUUUUUUUUACAUGAAUACAGGAGGUUUUACGUGUCUCUUUGAAUCAAAAGAAGAAAACACGUCCAUAUGAAUGGCUAGCUAGCAGUGCCUAACUUAAAAUAGAAGAGCCAGACAGACAGCGAAUAGCCAGGUUACAUGGUUUAUUAACACAACAGCCGAGGAUUUACGACUGAAGUUAGUCAUUCUGGAUCAAGAAACCUUGUCUUUCGUCGCUAAUUGGAGUAACACUCCCAAGCCAUCAUCAAUGCCUUCAGCGCUGGCCUUCUUCUCCUGCCGCCCGAAUUCACACCCUUUUCAGGAACGUCAUGUCUACCUGGACGAGCCAGUCAAGAUCGGGCGCUCUGUGGCACGAUGCCGACCGGCUCAGAACAACGCCACGUUCGACUGCAAGGUUCUGUCACGGAACCAUGCCCUGGUCUGGUUUGAUCACAAGACGGCCAAGUUCUACCUGCAGGACACUAAGAGUAGUAACGGGACGUUCAUCAACAGCCAGCGUCUGAGCCGGGGGUCCGAGGAGAGUCCUCCCUGUGAGGUCCUCUCUGGUGACUUCAUCCAGUUCGGUGUGGACGUCACAGAGAACACCCGUAAAGUCACCCAUGGCUGCGUCGUGUCUACAGUCAAGCUGUUUCUACCGGACGGCGUGGAGGCUCGACGACGGUCAGAUGUCAUCCAAGCACCUUUACCACUUCCUGUUGAUAAGGUUGCGGCCAACACCCCCAUUAUGUACUCUCAGGAACUCUUCCAGCUCUCCCAGUAUCUGCAGGAGGCCCUACACAGGGAGCAGAUGUUGGAACAGAAGUUGGCAACGUUGCAGUGCCUACUGGCCACCACACAGGAGGCUUCAGAGAGCAGCUGGCAGGCUCUGAUAGAUGAGGACCGGCUUCUCUCCAGACUAGAGGUGAUGGGCAACCAGCUGCAGUCCUACUCUAAAAACCAAACAGAGAAUGGUAUGCGUAACGAGCUGGUAACUCUGCAGGAAGACAAGUACAACUAUGAGAUUACUGCCAAAGAGUCCCUGAGGAGGGUCCUGCAGGAGAAGAUAGAGGUGGCCAGGAAGCUGUCAGAGGUUGAGCGAAGCCUCAGUAACACGGAGGAUGAGUGUUCCCACCUGAAGGAGAUGAAUGAGAGGAACCACGAAGAGCUCAGAGAACUGGCUAAUAAAUACAACGGCGCUGUCAACGAGAUCAAGGACCUCACUGACAAGAUAAAGCUGGCAGAGGGUCGUCAGGAGGAGUUGACUCAGAGGGGUCAGGUGGAGAAGAAGGAACUGCAGCUUUGUAUUGAUGAGAUGGAGGAGAAGGAACAGGCUCUACAGGCCCGCUUUGAGGCCUUACAGGCUGAUAACGACUUCACUAACGAACGCCUCACUGCCCUGCAAGAUGGUUUAGAACAGCUGCAGGAGAAAAGCAUCAAGGACAACAACAGUUUAGCUGUGCAGCAGUUGAAAGAAGCAGUGUGUUCGUCGUUGCACAGGCUGGCUAACUUUGACGAGGUGAUAGAUGCCCACCUGCAGAACAGCCAGACAGCAGCAGGAGACCGCCUUGCCAAUCCUGACCAACUCAAAGAAAACCAACUGGAUGCUAAAGACACUGAAAUGUCAGAUACACUGAGCCCCAGCCAGAACCGCAGCAGUGACGACACGUCAGAUGGAAACAUGGAUGAUCGUGAGCUGAAUGAGCCACAGAACAGGGUCGCCCUGCUCAAAGAUGAGCUGCGGUUGGCCAACCUGGAGCCUGGGGACAGAGAGCAGGUGAUUCACCACCUCCACAGAGAGCUGCUGGAGGCCCAGGAGUUGGCCAACACAGGCAAGCAGAAGUGUCUGCAGCUCCAGGCCUUACUGGAAGAGGAGAGGAGGAGUAACAGGCAGCAGACUGAGGAGUCAGCCAAGCAGAUCCAGUACCUACAGAGUCAGUUGGGGAAGCUAGCGGUAGACAUGGAGGAGCUGAAGGAGCAGAGAGAGAGCAGCAUCAGCAGCACACAGGAGGAGCUGUACUCUGCUCAGGAGGAGGUGCUAGUUCUCCACCACGCCAUGGAGGCCGCCACGGCCGAGAGGGAGCGAGACAUCGCCGCCCUGCAGAGGGACCUGGGAGGUGUCACGACCGAGCUGGAGAAGUGGCGUCAGGCUGCGUCGAAAUACGAACAGGAGAUCAACUCCCUGCAGGCCACCAUCCAACAGCAGAGCCAGCACCAGCAGAGAACUAAUGAUUUACAAGGGGAGUUUGAGCGUCUUCAGAAGGACUGUCCCAGUCUGCAGCAGGAGUGUGAGUGUCUCCGUUCUGAGAAGACGACCCUGGUGAACAGACUACACGGACUGGAGACAGACCUGGACAGUUCCAGGAAGCAGACUGCCAGUCUGAGCAGCAAUCUGCAGAGUUUGGAGAAGUCCCAGGGAGAGAUGCAGAGUAGACUGGGCUCACUGCAGGACCAACAGCUCCAGGACGCUAACAAGCUGGAGUCACAGCUAACCCAGGCUGCUAGCAGGACACAGAGCCUGCAGAGAGAGGUAUGA